AUGACAAGUUACGCCUCACGCUUCGCAGAUGGCGAAGAGUAUGGCGGUGGAGGCGGGUUCAUGCAAGGCUCCCAAAAUAAUAACAACACGCCGGGUGGCACGCGACGAGUCGAACAAGCUUUGCGGCCAGUUACGAUCAAACAAGUGCUGGAUGCUGAAGCAUCAAACACCGACUCGUCAAUUUCGAUCCAAGAUAUCGAUGUGACCAAUGUUUCGUUUUGUGGGGUGGUUCGUGACAUUGUUAGACACGCAACCAAUGUCGUCUUGCAGGUGGAAGAUGGAACUGGUGGGAUCGAGGUCCGAAAGUGGAUCGAUUCCAGUGAUGGAGAGAGCGAGGGGUUCGAGGCUGAGACGGGCAUUCAAAUUCGUGAUUGGGUACGAGUCAUCGGAUCAGCAAAGCUCUUCAAUAAUAAAAAGAGCAUCGCCGGACUUCGCCUAGAGAAAAUCACCGACUUCAACGAAAUCAACUAUCGUCUUCUGGAUGCAGUCCGAGUCACGCUGGCUUACGAGCGUGGAUCGACAGGCGCUGGCGAUAAAAUGAACAUCGACCAAUCAACUAACCACGUCAGCCAUGGGAAGAUUGUCCAGCCUAAAAACCCCAACAGGACUGCCAAACAGAACAAGAUCAUGGAGUUCUUCGCACGCACUCAACCUCCGGAUGAGGGCAUCAACAUCCAUGAGAUUGCUAGGGAGUGCCAUCUUGACGUGAAAGAUGUGAUUGACGAAACGGCCCAGCUGAUCCAUGAAGGCGAGUUAUUUACGACAGUGGACGAUGAGCAUCUCAUGACUACAACCUCGUAA